AUGGGUUUGUUUCAAGUCACAAAAAAAUAUUUGGUUGUUUUUCUAGUACUAAAUAUUGCAUACAACAAUUCAUUUCUAGCAACUCAAGCUAGGCCAAUUAAAUCAUUCAACCAACAAUCAUCACUAAGCGGAGAAAAUUCGAGUGCAACUGGUUUUCGGCCGACAACACCAGGAAGUAGUCCUGGUGUUGGCCACCGAAAUAUUGUUGUAGAAGAUAAGAACAUGAAAACAAUGGUGGUUGUUCGUAGUCCAAACGGUGAGGUUUUUCUGACUGAGCGAUCAGACGAUGGUUUCAAACCGACAAACCCUAGUCACAGUCCCGGGGUCGGCCAUGCUUACCAUACAAAAAUUGGAAAUAAAAAUUAG